AUGCCUUUUCAGCGUAACCUUUUGUCGGCACAGGCUGCAGCCCCAAGCGGCCAUUCUUGCAUACAAGCAUUGUUACGCUGGCUUAUAUUCCGACGAAAAAUUUCAUAUUUGUAUAACGAAUCCAUUUCCAGCGAGCCACUAUCUAAUAUUCCAGCUGCCUCUGUGGCUUGCUUCUUCCGUACCUUCUCUCCAGCGAUGUCUGUCGCUUUCACCGGGCGCUGCUGCGCUCGUUGUUCCCUUUUUCCUUCUCUACGAACGCUAUGGCCUGUUGCUGCUGCUACAAAACAGCAGCAGAGGGGCUUCACUGCGCCAGGUGCCUCUAGGGAUGCCUCCGCAACAGUAUCGGCCCCAUGUGCUGCAGCAGCUGAAGCGUUUCCAUUUCUUCGGCAACAGAAGGAUGGAGCCACGGCUGCAGUGCCUCCCUCCUUCGGUGCCAUGGCAGCAUCAAUGACAAAGGAGGCAGCGGGGAGAGUGCAGGUGGUGCGGGACAUGGACUCAUUUGAGGCUGAGGUAUACAGACAGCCCCCGGCUCCGCUUGCAAUCUUCUUCUCUGCCACUUUCAGCAAUCUUAACAAAGGCCUUCUUGAGCAGUUUACUGAAAUUGCAAAAGCGAGCAACAAUGUCGCGAAGUUCCUCGUCAUAGAUGUCGAUGAAGUGCCCCGGGCGGCGUACCACUGCGGGGUGGAGCACCCCUGCACUUUUGUCGUGCAGUACAACUGCGACGCGUUCCGCAGGCGCAUUGCGGAUCCGGAUGGCACAAAAACGCCACAGCAACUCGUGAAUGAAUUCAAGGCGGCACUGGAUGCAUGCCUCAUUGCAGUGCAGCAGCAGCCGCCGCAGCAGCAGGUGGAGUGGUACACCCACAGCAUCCCCGUGGACAACUUGAACGUGUAUCGCGUAAACUGGCCAACAGCCUGA